AUGGCGCGGCCGGCCCGGGGAGCGCUCGGGGCCCCGCGCCGCCCGGUCGCGCCGCCGCCGCCGCCGCCGCCGCCGCCGCCGCCGCCGCCGCUGCCGCUGCUGCUGCUGCUGCUGCUGCUGCUGCAGCCCGACACGCCGACGGCCGCGGCCGGCCCGCGGGCGCCCUGCCCCGCCGCCUGCACUUGCGCCGGCGACGCGCUGCGCUGUGGCGGGCGCGGGCUGACGGCCGUGCCCGGGGACCUGCCCGCCUGGACGCGGAGCCUAAACCUGAGCUACAACAAACUGUCUGAGAUUGACCCUGCUGGUUUUGAGGACUUGCUGGAUCUCCAAGAAGUGAUCCUCAGUAACAAUGAGCUGACAGCUGUGCCGUCCCUGGGUGCCGCAUCCUCUCGAGUCGUCUCGCUCUUCUUGCAACACAACAGGAUCCGCGCGGUGGAUGGGAGUGUGCUGAAGACGUACCUGGCCCUGGAAGUGCUGGACCUGAGUGCCAAUAACAUCACGGACGUGCGCAACACCUGCUUUCCACAUGGGCUGCGCCUCCGGGAGCUCAACCUGGCGAGCAACCGCAUCAGCACCCUAGAGUCGGGUGCGUUUGAUGGUUUGUCACGGUCACUGCAAACACUUCGGCUGAGCAAAAACAGAAUCACCCAGCUUCCUGUGAAAGCAUUCAAGCUACCCAGGCUGACACAACUGGACCUCAACCGGAAUCGGAUCCGGCUGAUCGAGGGCCUGACGUUCCAGGGCCUCAGCAGUUUGGAGGUGCUGAAGCUUCAGCGAAACAACAUCAGCAGGCUGACAGACGGGGCCUUCUGGGGACUGUCCAAGAUGCACGUGCUGCACCUGGAGUACAACAGCCUGGUGGAGGUGAACAGCGGCUCGCUCUACGGCCUCACCGCCCUGCACCAGCUCCACCUCGGCAACAACUCCAUUUCGCGUAUCAACCGUGACGGCUGGAGCUUCUGCCAGAAGCUGCACGAGCUGAUCCUGUCCUUCAACAACCUCACGCGGCUGGAGGAGGAGAGCCUGGCCGACCUGAGCAGCCUGCGCAUCCUGCGCCUCAGCCACAACGCCAUCAGCCACAUCGCCGAGGGCGCCUUCAAGGGACUCCGCAGCCUGCGCGUCCUGGACCUGGACCACAAUGACAUCUCAGGCACGGUCGAGGAUACCAGCGGGGCUUUCACGGGCCUCGAGAGCCUGAGCAGGCUGACUCUGUUUGGAAACAAGAUCAAGUCCGUGGCUAAGCGCGCCUUCUCGGGACUGGAAGGCCUGGAGUACCUGAACCUGGGAGAGAAUGCAAUCCGGUCCAUCCAGUUUGAUGCCUUCGUGAGGAUGAAGAGUCUUCGAGAGCUCCACAUCAGCAGCGACAGCUUCUUGUGUGACUGCCAGCUGCAGUGGCUACCCCCGUGGCUGCGGGGCCGGAUGCUGCAGACCUUGGUGACGGCCACCUGUGCCCACCCAGAGUCCCUGAAGGGCCAGAGCAUUUUCUCUGUGCCGCCAGAGAGUUUCGUGUGUGAUGACUUCCCCAAGCCGCAGAUCAUUACCCAGCCCGAGGUGACCAUGGCCCUGCAAGGCACCGACGUCCGGUUCACGUGCUCGGCAGCCAGUAGCAGCAGCUCACCCAUGACAUUCGCCUGGAAGAAGGACAAUGAGGUCCUGGCCAAUGCCGACAUGGAGAACUUUGCCCACGUCCGUGCGCAGGACGGGGAGGUGAUGGAGUACACCACCAUCCUGCACCUCCGGAACGUCACCUUCGGGCAUGAGGGCCGCUACCAGUGCAUCAUCACCAACCACUUUGGCUCCACCUACUCGCACAAGGCCAGGCUCACUGUGAAUGUGUUGCCAUCCUUCACCAAAAUCCCCCACGACAUUGCCAUCCGGACCAGCAACACGGCCCGCCUGGAGUGUGCUGCCACUGGCCACCCGAACCCCCAGAUCGCUUGGCAGAAGGACGGAGGCACCGACUUCCCCGCGGCCCGUGAGCGGCGCAUGCACGUCAUGCCGGACGAUGACGUGUUCUUCAUCACGGACGUGAAAAUAGACGACAUGGGCGUGUACAGCUGCACCGCCCAGAACUCGGCCGGCUUCAUCUCUGCCAACGCCACCCUGACCGUCUUAGAAACCCCGGCCUUACUGGUGCCCCUGGAAGACCGUGUGGUGUCCGUGGGGGAAACGGUGGCCUUCCAGUGCAAGGCCACUGGGAAUCCCUCUCCCCGCAUCACCUGGCUCAAGGAAGACCGUCCGCUGAGCCUCACCGAGAGGCACCACUUCACCCCAGGCAACCAGCUGCUCGUGGUACAGAACGUGGUGGCAGAGGACGCGGGCCACUACACCUGCGAGAUCUCCAACACCCUGGGCACAGCGCGCGCACACAGCCAGCUCAGCAUCCUGCCCACCCCGGGGUGCAGGAAGGACGGGACCACCGUGGGCAUCUUCACCAUCGCCGUGGUGUGCAGCAUUGUCCUCACCUCGCUGGUCUGGGUGUGCAUCAUCUACCAGACCCGGAAGAAGAGUGAGGAGUACAGUGUCACCAACACAGAUGAAACCAUUGUGCCUCCAGAUGUUCCAAGCUACCUCUCUUCUCAGGGGACUCUUUCUGACCGACAGGAAACGGUGGUCAGGACUGAAGGGGGCCAUCAGCCCAGCGGGCAUAUAGAAAGCAAUGGUGUCCUUCCGAGAGAUGCAAGCCUCUUCACGGAGGCGGGCACUCAUGGCACUCCGUGCCGGCAGCCGAAGCUCUGCGUUGGGUUCAUUCAGGAGCCGUGGAAAGUGGCGGAGAAAGCAGAUCGGACACCUGGUGCCCAGAAGCUAGGGCUCGGCGGCCCCGCUGGAUGCAGUGACUGCAGGCCUGAUGUGGACACUUACAGCCAGGAACAGGCCCUCUAUCCUCGGCCGGUGUCCAGAGAGGGCGUCCGGCCAGGCACCCCCGGCCCCCUGGAGCCCAGUGGAAGUGACCUAGAACAUCCUCCGAGCACCAGGACUGUGGAUGGGUCCCGCUCCGACUGCAGGGGCGCCCCCUACCCCAGCAACCAUGACAGAAUGCAGACCUGGAAGCAGCCGCUACAGCCAGUGGCCCCUCGAGAGGGGACAGGGGGCUCCUCGUGGACGUUAGCCAGGCUGUGUGAGCCGGACUCCAGAGAACGCCCGCCCUCGGGCAGUCCUCCGCUCCCAGAGGCCCCCGCAGGCCCGGCUGACCUCCCCAGCGAAGGCCAGCACUUGCUUUCCAAUGGACACCUCCCUCAGGCCUGUGGCUCCAGUCCUGAGAGUGCCCCGCUGAUGGGACAGCUUCCUGGGACACGGAGCGCGCCCCUGAUGUUUGCACCCAAAGUCUAGGCUCUGUCUACCUCAGCUCGGGCCACUCUCUCCCGGAAGGAGGGGUACGGGAGGCCGCGUGGGAGCUCGGGUCCAGUGCCACGGUCUGUAUGUAGUUUCCCUUCAUGUGGAGCCAGUAGCGUGACGGACUCAAGCUGAAGCACAGAAAUGCAGGAUGGCUAUCGUGUACAGAAGUCAGAAAAGUAUUUGAUACCAUUGUACAUAAGAGUUUUCAGAGAUUUCAUAUAUAUAUAUAUAUUAUAUCUUUUACAGAGGCUAUUUUAAUCUUUAGUGCAUGGUUAACAAAAAAAUUGUACAAUUUUGACAAUAUUAUUUUUCAUAGGUUGCUGUUUUAAUUUUGGAAGCAGGGGGAGUCGUUUCUGGUGCCUUAAUGCAUGGAUGGGAUUUACAGAAACUAAAAUGAGCUCCCCCAGGUUUUUGGGGGCGGGGGCUGGAAGUCCGUGGGCGUGUGCUGCAUGGGUCUGCACUGUAGGGGCACGGGCGGGCUGAGGGUCAUCUUCAGCGAGCAGUUGGUGCAGACAGUUGAGCACGGGCAUUCUCCCUUCGAUGAGGCUCACUUGAGGAAGAAAGGGGUGGUCUUGUAUCAUUCAAAUGUCAUUUGAGGCUUUUAAAGUAGAAGCUGCUGGUGUUGGUACCUGUGGAUUAUUUUUUCAGUAGUGAUAUUUUAGCUCUGCCAAUAUAAAACAUUGGCCGUGGAGGAGAGGGAGGAUGGAGUUCUUCCUUUUCAGGGAUAGCUUGACUUAUCUCUGAGCAUCCAGAGCGGCCUGUCCUCCCCUCCCAGACAGCCGGGCUUGGCCUGUACAAGAUUCUGCCCUUGACCUGGGUUCUGGGUCUACUUGCACUUUUUAGACCUGUAGCUACCAUCUUGUGAGUGCCAAUGUGUAUUUCAGGAAAAAUUCCAUUGAAACAAGCAAGGUCCUUAAAAUCUCAGAAAGCUGGUUCCUUUAGCCCAGACACUGAGGUAGGUAUUGACAAAAUGGUCACCUGUGUUCAGUUUUACUGUCAGCUGUCAUCACUGUUCCCUAAGGUAAGCACAGUUAGAAUUUUGUUCUCAACAGUUUGUUACUUCCACAAAACAUGUGAAUUUGCUGCUUCUGAGAGGCAAUGUGAAAGAGGAAGUAUUACUUUGUACAUAAAAGCUAUUUAUUUAUAGAAUUUUGGUACAGUGUACAUUGAAAAACAUGAAAAAAUAUUGAAGUGUCUAGCAGAUGGCGAUGAAGUGUCUCUAAUAAAGGUUCAUUCAUAAACACGA